AGUUUUGUUUAGUAAAGUUAAUAAGGUGGUCUGUGUAAUGACGCCGAGUAUUGGACUUAAUUUACGCGUGACAGGACAUUGUAAUCAAGGUGGAAGGAAAUAUAUGGAAGAUGCUUUUGUUGUAGCUUAUCAACAAAGUGAAGAUCAAAAGGAUCUGGAGUAUGCAUAUUUUGGAAUUUUUGAUGGUCAUGGUGGUAGGGAAGCUGCCUUGUUUGCUAAAGAACAUUUAAUGAAUAAUAUUGUUAGUCAAAAGUCAUUUUGGAGUGAUGAUGAUAAUCAGGUACUUAAAGCUAUUCGAGAUGGUUUUUUAGCAACUCAUCGGGCUAUGUGGAGAGAAGUGGGUAACUGGCCAAAAACUGUUAGUGGACUACCAAGUACGUCUGGAACAACUUCAAGUAUAGCAUUCAUACGUAGGAGAAAGCUUUACAUUGGUCAUGUGGGAGAUUCUAAAAUAGUUCUUGGAUUUCAGUUACCAGGUUCAAGUGAUUGGUGUGCAUAUGCUGUGACAAAAGAUCAUAAACCUGAAACGCCAGAAGAGAAGCAGCGAAUCAAAAGUGUUGGUGGAUUAGUAAUGAAUAAAGCUGGUGUAGAAAGAGUUGUUUGGAAUCGUCCUCGUCCUGGUCAUAAAGGUCCAAUUCGAAGAAGUACACCUUUUGAUCAGAUUCCUUUUUUGGCUGUUGCACGAUCUUUAGGUGAUUUAUGGAGUUAUAACUACCUACGGCAUGAAUUUGUAGUAAGCCCAGAUCCAGAUGUUGAUGUAAUCAAUAUUAAUCCUCGAAUGCAUCGAUGUGUAAUUUUUGCAUCAGAUGGUUUGUGGAAUAUGCUGACAACGCAGUGUGCUGUAAAAAUUGUCCAGACAGCUGAAGAAGAAAAUGAAAAAUUAAUUUUGGAAGGGGGCAAAGCAAAUGGAAUGGGUAAGCAGCCAAAUAACCCAUCAAAACUGUUAGUAGAUGCUGCACUUAAACAUUGGUUUGAACUGGGAAUGAGAGCCGACAAUACAAGUGUUGUUACAGUGAUGCUAGAUCCACCCGGUCCUCCUAAAAGUGAAGUGCUGUUACGACAAAGAGUAAUGAAACGAUUAAGGCCAAGAGAUGAACAGGGUGAUGAAGAUUCAAAUUCAAGUAGUGGAAAUACAUUUGAUGCAUCUUGCACAUUAAAUUCUAAAGAUAAAAAAAAGACCGGUGACUGUUUUGAACUGCAACCAUCAAGAGAACGGAAACGGUCUUCAGAUUCAUAUACUGAAGUAAUAUCAAAAGAAAGGAAGCUUUUGUCUGAUACUGAAGAAACUGUGCCUAAAAAUCUUCCAAAGCCUGUAAUUUUAUCACCUCAGAGAGUAGUAAUAAAACAUAAAAUUCCAUCCACACCUCAGUCGCCGGUAAUUGCUUCUUGUGUGCCAAGUAUAGAAAAAAAGCAGACAUUCACAAAAUUAUCAUCGGCUGAUAUAAAUUUAUUGCCUAGCGGUAUUACUGAUGUAAAAUCCAAGAAAAAAGGCCAUGAUCCUCCGAAGGAGAAGCAAAAUAAAGAGACAGAAACUGCAAAUGAAAAUAUUAAUGAUCCACCAGGUUCUAUAUUUGAAAAUAUAAAUGACCCUGCUGAAAGAGAAUGUGGAGAAUCUUCUGAACCUAAAAAUACAUUAAAUGAAAAUUACCAGGGAAAACAAAGCACUUUUCUAAACAAAGCACUAGAUAGAACAGAUUCUGUGUUACCAAAAAUUGGAAAAGAAAGUAGCUUGCCAUCACCUGACACAGGUUGUAAAGAAAAUGGCAGGAUUCAUUUAUGUGAGGUAGAUAACUUCUUUAAGUUAAAUAAUAGGACUUUAGAUUGUGUUGAAACAGCAAAUGAUAUUAAACAAAAUGUUUUGCCCAACGACAGCAAACCAGUUCCAUCUAAAAUGAAAAAUUUAAGGAAACGUUCUUUACGUAGAAAUCAUUCAGUAUAUCAAAAGCCUAAUGCUUCAUUAAAACACACAGGACUACAAGGAAAAAACUUUUCUUCCGUGCAUUCUGGAUUGCAUGAGAAAAGUAAUCCUUCCAGAACUGCUCGCAAAACACGUACCAGACUUACACAUUGUCACAAAACUCGUGCUCAAGUUGAACUUCGCAAAAUAAAACUCUAGUUUGUACUGUGAAUUAUAUUAACAGCUGUGAUCUUCCUGACUGUAAAGUUCUAGAAAUCAUCAGGCAUACAUUAUUGUAAGUGCGUUUAUUGUUAAUUUGUAAGUUCUACAACUAAUAAUUAUUAAUAUUUAAUCUGGGAGAUAAUUUUCUUGAAGUAGAUGAUUCCAAAUAUAUUUACUUACAUCAUGUAACCAGAGUAACUUAUGCUUUCAAGAACUUAUAAUAAGAGAAAAAAAGAAAUGAGUAUUAAUUAAGCAAAUUUUAUAAAAGCAAAUAUUUUGCCGUUGAACUCCCUUUUCUAAAAACUUGUUGCCCAUUUGCUCAUUGACAAGAAGCCUUUUGGGGCGGGGGGAUUAUGUUACUUUAUGCUGUUAUAAAACAAGAAAUUUUAUGUUGUUUCUUAUAUUAAAAUUUUUAAGUUGUUUGUUUUUUAUGUUAAAAAUAUAUGUUAUAGAAUCUUCCCAAUUUUUUGUGGGGCAGGGGGUGGUGAUUCUUGUAUUACCUUAACAUAUCAUGUAUAAUUCACAUGACUUUGCAAGUGUUACCAUUGCAUAAGAUUUGACAUCUUUGUCUUACACUUCACCUGGCAAAUAAUGGGAAUCUAAUUAUGAUUGCAUUGCUUAACAAACUUAGUUAAAUUAUUAAAAAAGCAUUAAAUGCACUUCUUACUAAAUUAAUGUUUCUCAAAAUAUGUCCGGUUGGUAAUUAUAAACAUCUGCUGCAUUAUUGUAAUUAAUAAAAGACACUUUUGAUACCAUAUAUUGAUACCUCAACACCAAAUCAUUUGCUUUUCGAUAGCAAAUCACAGGUCCAUUAUUUAAUUAAAAAUUAUGUUAAAAUAUUUAAUACCAAGCUUAAUGACAUACGACCCUAUCUGAAUGAAUGCAUUAAAAAAAGAUCUGUACUGUAUUUAUAUAUAUAUAUAUAUUUACUGUUUUAUAUGGAUAUACAGUGUUUUUAAUGCAGUUAAUUAACAGUAAUUUGAUUCAGUAUUUUUUUCCUUUUUUGGAAGGGGGAGGGCAGAGCUUGGUAUAGAUUUCACUGUUUUUAGCUUUUUGUUAUGUUUAUAAAAACAUUCUUUUAAUGCUGUUUAACCAUAUUGUACUAUAAUUUUUAACAUGUAACUUUGAUAUUCAUCAUUAUUCAUAAACAUUUUUGCUUUAAUACCAGUUGCUGUAAUAUAUUAGAACUGUUAAUUCAUGUUUGAAAGUUUUUACAGCUUGCUAUAUUAAGGGUACUCUUAGAGUUUUGAGAUGCUCACUAAUUAAAAGAAGUUGGUAUUUAUAAUAUUCACUAUUUAUAGCAUUCAGAAUCCUUUUAUUAUUCUGUAUACUUUAUGGAGUUUUCAUUCACUGACACUGUUUUUCAAAACAAUUGGUCCUGUCUGUGGUUCUACCUGUUGAUCCUGUCUGAUACUUUUUAGAAUUUAAGCUGCUUUAAAUUUUCUUCUGAUGAAAAUUCUUUACUUUUCAGCUACUUCUUCACCCAAAGGUAAUGAAAGUCUGUUAUGUGACUUAUCCCACUUGUCUGAUAGUAACAUCAGAUCAACUGUGAAUUUUAUCAUGGCCAAGAGUAAGGGUUGUGCCUGUUAUUGGUUUAGACCUUGGACACAUUGUAGUUGAUGGUAUGAAUUUGUAUAACUCUGUCCCAGUUUUAAAGGAGAAUCUUCCAGGUCAUUGAUCUGAGGAUCUGUCAUCCCAUUUUCCCUACCAACUAUGGUUUAGUAUUUUACAUACUCUCAUGCCAUAAAGACACUGUGCACUUACAAAAUAUCUAGGAUUUGAACCCAGCUUAAGACUUUUUCAUCUGACUUCUCUACAACCAUGGUAUUUGGAUGGCAUGUAAAAUUUUAAUAAUGGCAAAGCAAAUGAAGAUGGUAAGUGUGGUACAGUUGCUACUUUUGUCUAAUUGCAGAAACACUUCUUGUAGGUAUGUAUUUAUGCAUCUCCUGAGAAACUAUAUCUAGGUAUCUUUUAAGAUAUUUGUUAAGCAUUUGUUAGGUAGAUAAAAAACUGUCCACAGUAAUAGUAUUUUGUGUUUUUAUCUUCAUAGUUAAAAUGUUGUAGUUAAAAUGUUGACCACUUGUAAGAACAAAAGGUGCUUCCACCCCCUGCUGUUUCACCUUAUAUGGGUGGCUGUUCAUUAGAUUUUAUAAGGAAAAUGAAAAAGCAUGAGUUACUGUUUGUCAGUGGUUCUUGAAUAUAUAGCUACAUAAUAAAGGUCGAAGAUAAAUCCCUAACUUGAACGCAUUUUUGGUCUGAAGUGUAAAGCAGCUGUUUUCAACCUUUUGACUAACGUAUACCUCUAACCAAAACCUGAAAAACUUAAGUACCACCAUUACAUUUUACUAUGAUUAUUUUUCAAUUUCAUAAUAGAAAUAUAAAAAAUACAUAUAUACAGUGUGUUUCUAAAUGAAUUUUGAGGUUUAAUGCUUUGUAGUGUUUAUUACAUAAAACUUAAAAUUAUAAUUAAUGCAUGAAAUGAAAGAGCAACUCAUGACACUUUGUCCUUGUAAUCCUAAAUUUAAUUCAUGUAGCUUUCCAAAAAUGUCAGCUAAAUAUGCUAAUUGUGCCAAACCAUAAUUCACUAAACAAAUAAUUCUGCAAUUCAAAUUUUGAAUCACCGAGAAAAAUAAACAAUUUUUCUUUUCUUUUCAACAUUCUUAAUGCAAGUUGCAAUGCAAUCCAUCAUCCGUAAAUCAUCUCAUUUCCCGUUAGUGGAUCCUAGCCAUUUUUCCAUUUUGGAAAUCUAGGUUUGUUUUAUUAUUUUUUCACAAAUAUUUAAAUGCACAAUAUUGUCGUGUGUCUAUGAGUUCAUAAUAGAUUGAAUGCACAAGUCCGAUAAUAGGUUAAUAAAAUUUAUUUUUUAUCAAAAGAAAUAUUUCAGAACCCUGGAAUUUUUCAGAGAAAUAAUCUUACAAAUGUUCAGUAUCACACAGUAAAAUCAGUAGUUACACUUCAAACUACUAAGAAUGUUAAACACUAUGCAAUGCAAAGCAUAUGUAAAGAGAAAGCUAACUUGGAUUAAUGCAGAAUUACAACUUGCAAUAACAAUAACUAAGCAACUGAGAGCAGUUACUCUCUUUUCGGCUUUAAACACAUUUCAAAUGGCCGGGAAGAUAUUUAUAAUACUUUCUGCUUAUUCGAAAUUACUGGAAAGCAAUACAAGGGUGGAAUUAUGGUUACAGCUAACAUAGUGCUCAAUUACAUUUAUUUAAUUUCAAUACAUAUUACGGUGAUACAGGAACCAGACCAAAAUGUCGCCAAAUUUGUCUGCUUUUGGCAAGGUGACAAAAUAAGUUGCUGAAACCGUUGUCAGCUCGGUGAUAUCUCGCCAAAUUGCCCAGAUACCCAUAAAUACAGUUGUGCCUGUAUUCUUACUUUUCCUGUAUACCUUCUCUUUAGAUUUUUCAUGUUACAAAAGAAAUACAAUUUUCUGUAUAAUUCUACUAAAAUUGCCUAUCUAAGUACAAAAUUUGUAACUACAUAUUAUGACUUCUUUAAAAACAAAUGAUGAUAUUCUCAAAUUGUGUAGAAAAAUAAGGAAUACAAAGCAAGAAGAAGAUGAAAUACUUGCUGUUAAAGACAGCAAACUGACGUAAAAAAAUUAUUCUAAUUGAAAAUAAAGCGAUAUGAUCCUGGAAAUGGUGGCGACAUAAAAUAUGGACAUACUUAUAAAUUGAUCAACUCUUAAAGAAUUAGUGAAAUACUGUUAUCUUUUUAUAGGUACAUACAUUUCUAUUACUGCUUUUAAAAACUUCAUCUAUGACAAAUUUUUUAUGUCGAUGGCUAAAAGAAUAUUUGUGAAAAUAAAAACGGUUUGUUUUGCUAAAGUCUAUGAGCGGCUAUUGACCUUGAACAAAGUUCACAUAGCAUAAAUUUAUGAGUGUUGAAAAAAACUUAACAAGAUGCUGGGGUAUUUAAUUUUAGAAUUUAAUGUUUAAAAAUCUUUGCAUACCACCAGUUGAGAAUUGCUGGUUUAAAGCAUCAAGUUAGCAAAUAAUAGUUUUUCAGUUCAACCUUGGCUUUUGAAUUCUAUAUUUUGGAGGUAGAAGAUAUUAACCUUACUUUGAUAAUGCUACCACCACAUCAUAUAAUUUAAACUAGGCACCUACAGCAUAUAAUUAACUCAUUAUCACUGAUCGUAAGCACCAAAUAUCCGUAUUCAUGUUUUGACAGUUUCUGAAGCACCCCAGCUUAUUUUUAGCUUAUACUUUUCAGGUUUUUUUUUCUGUUCUACUCCUUUACUAUACUUUUCUACUAAAAAGCAGAUAUGGCAUUUACUGUGUACAUUCCCUUAGUAUGGAUUGGAUUUGGACUUAUAGCAUAUUGCUUUACAGGCAUCUGCAGAAUAAGAGCAAUCUGCCUAAAUUAGGUUAGGCUACUUGAAUAAGGCAAAGCACUCAAGAGUUAUCUGUGGAAGGGGAGGGAUAGCUUUGUAAGGAAAACUGUCUUAUAUUCACAUUAUGUGAAAAAACAACAAAUAUUAAGAAAUGCAGUGAGCCCCUUCACUAGGAUUUGAAACCAGUUCAAAGUACUGAUGUUUAGCAGUCUAAAACUUGGCCACUCAUGCAUCACUUUCAUAAAUCAAGAAAAUUGUGAAAAAUAAAGUUGAUGUUUCCUGAACUGAUCUUUAGAAUGUUCUCACUUUGGAAGUAGGUUAUAUUAUAGGGUCUUUACUCAUGAGCAUUUUUAUAAUGGUAAUAUUGCUGCUGUAAUUAAGAUGGGUGGAUGGCUUUUGCUUGUGUCACAUUUCAAGAAAUUGCAGGCCCAUGUGUGAAGUGAUCACAUCAUAUAAGUAAGAUUGAAUCCUAAUUUAGUAAAUCACAUCAUAUAAGUAAGAUUGAAUCCUAAUUUAAUAAAUCACAUCAUAUAAGUAAGAUUGAAUCCUAAUUUAAUAAAUCACAUCAUAUAAGUAAGACUGAAUCCUAAUUUAAUAAAUCACAUCAUAUAAGUAAGAUUGAAUCCUAAUUUAAUAAAUCACCUCAUGUAAAUAAGAUUGAAUCCUAAUUUAAUAAAUAUGGAUGCAACAGUUUUCUUGAUGUAAUCCUUUUUUUUUUUUUUUUUUUUUCCUAUUUAAAAUAAAAAAUUUUUGAUUUAACGAAUAAAUAAUCUGAUUGAAUGAACUGAGAAAGGUUCAAUAUUUUCUGAAUUAAAAUUUUGUAAAGUAUUUUUCCUGAAAAUAUCAGUUAUCUUUAAAUUAUAUAUCAGCUUUCUUCCCAUGAAAGUUGGAAUUAUCCUCAUUAUAGACACUAAGAGUAAGGAACUUUCCAUUCCCAAAUUGUGCAUAUGAAUUGAGAAAAAUUUGAUUUUUUAGAAUAGCGAGUAGUAAAGUUAUUGGUCUGAUCUGGAAUUGAAAUCUUAAAUAAUCCAGCUGCAUUGAAUGCCAUCAGAGAUUUAUUGAAUGAAAUGAUUUUCAAACACAUCGCAAGUUGAUUUUAAAGGUGUUGAUGUUUAUGACAAAGUGCAGUUAAAAGUAGAAGAAGAUACUGUUCAGAGGGUGGAAUGAAAUUUUAAACGAUGAAUUCUAUGUUGACAAUUAGAAGAAAUCAUGUUGUAGAUGCUAUACCUAGCCUCAAGGUAGGAAAGAAGUAUUGCAUGGUGCAGUGGAGAAAAUAGAAUAUUUGCUGUAUGAAAUAUUGAUAAUGAUGUUUGGAGAAUGAUAAAAUUUCUUUUUUUAAUAAUAAUUUACUGCCUGGAACUAUUUUUCAAAUAACAUCAUUUCAUUUUGUGUAUGAAAUAUAUUUCAUGUAUAUAUUUUAUUGAAAUCUUUACGUCAGUGUGAAUGUAUGAUUGAAAUAUUUGAAAACUUAAAAAAGUUAAACAAAGAAAACCACUCUCACUCAGGACAUGGCUUUCUCAGAGACAUGCGUGUGUAAGGUUUAGGUUAGUUAACCCAUUAUCUUAGUAAUUGAACUAUACUAUCACUUCAGACUUCUGUUAGCUCUCACCAAAAUGUAAAUGAAAUACAUGUAUGUACUUAAAAGCUAAAGCGAGAGUUUUGUCAGUGAUGCUGAUCAUUGUGCUAUUUCUUUGUCCAGCUCUGAAAAUUACUUCAUUAGUUAGUCUUUUACCUGUUGAGUAGCUGACACAAAUUUUAUUUGGUUGGUUGUAGUUUGUUCAUGCAAGGUCCAAAAUACUGAAAAUCUUGCGGCAAGCAAAAUUCAGAGCACCAACAUGACAGUAGACCAUAUCAGCAGAAGAAGCAAAAAUAAUAUACACAGCUUACAAGUAACAAACAAGCACCAAAACAGAAGUAGAAGAAAAAGGUAGGUCAAUAAAACAAAACAACAAAGGUAAGGUAAAAGCUGGACAACUACAAUAGAAAGAGGGGAGAAAGAAGAGAGGAAAGAACACUGGGGCUCUGGGAUUAUGACCCCUGUCUUACCAAGAGGGUGAUCAAUUGAAGGGCUAGGAUGCCUCUGGUUUGCUAUCCCUGAACUCGCAAUAAGUAAACUCCUGAAGGGUGCAAAUUUGAUUGAACCAGCAUUAAGCUUUUACUCUUGUAAAUUUCCAACAUUAAAUUGCUUUUGGAUUUUAAAUCAUGUUAUGCUAUCUGAAAUCGUGUAAGCUGUGGAGAUCAGGUUGUGAGGUGCAUUUAUUAAAGUUUAAAGUUUUGAUGAAAUACUAUUUUUAACUGUUCUUCUGUGUUGGUGGUUAAGUUACAUAAAUGAGACAAAAAGUGAUCUUGUAGUCUUUAGAGACCAAGUAGUUAAACUAAGUGUGAGUGGAAUUCUACAAGUAUACUAGACCCUUAACAAUAAUUUUUUUAAGCCUUUUAGACAGGCAUUAGCCUCAUUUAAUGAUACACAACAAGUGUAAACUGAUACUAUGGUGAGAGCAAACAUUUUACCUUCACAAAUUUUGAGUAUCUUGAAACUUUCUAAGCACCAAUUUAUCAAUUAAUGUUUAGCUGGCUUAUUUAUUUUUGGCUAAGUAAAUAUAACUGCUUUAACAAAUAAAAGCAUUAAAUGGCAAAUAAAUUUGUAAAAUAAUGCCAAGUUAAAUAUUACUAACAAAUAAUUAUUGCAUUGUUAAAAAAUAUUCCUCUUUUAUUGUCAUUCAUUUGAGAUAUGUGUUUAGAUACUAGAAAAGAAAUGCAGGAGUAAUCUGUAUAAUGUUCAUUGGGACCUUUCAGACUGUUUUUGUUUGUAACUUUUUAUGACCAGAUAACAUUUUUUUCCUGCUUUCUUAUUUUUAUAUCUCAGGUGCUUAUUUGGUUCUGAAUAUAAUUUUUGAAAAACAUAAUGUAUUCAUUUUAAGUUUUGUAGGGCUUAUUAAGAAAAAAUAUCUGUUAAAAAUAAAGUGCACAUCCAUAAUAAAAAUUAAAUUCCAUAAAAUUAUUAAGCUAUUUUACCAAGCUCUAUGAGGAGUACAUUAUAUUUGGAUGAGGUAACUGUAGUUACUUAAAAAUUAUGAUAGAUUUCUUUGACCUCUGAUUUGAAAAGUUUUGAUGCGUACUACUGAUAUGUUCUGAUAUUCCAACUUUCAUGAAACAAACGUUCUACAUGUUGUCAUGAUGUAUUUUCUCGGAGUACUGUAUUUUCUCAGAGUACUUAUCUCAAAUUGUUAACUAGUAGAUAAAAUUUUCCUACAAAAUACUUUAUAGUUUCCUUUCUAAUUGACAAUUAAAUUGGGAAGAAAAUAAUAAUAAUUUUUAUAAAAUGUAAAUUUUAUUGCAUUUUUUACCUUUUUAUGAUAUAUGUUUUAUCGAGAAUCGUAGGUCAUACAGUUGCUUUAAAUUUCAUUUUUUAAAUGUACAUUACCUGAUUUAGUCUGUACCAUUUAGUUACAUUUACUUUUGUUGAUUAGUAUAUGUUUUAAAAAAAGGAAAAUCCAUAACAACUCAUACAUAUUUGUAACUGAUACCCUUGUUCUAAUGUAAUAAAUGAUUUAUGUAAAUAAUAAUAAUUUUUUUUAAAUUUAUUCUGCUAGGAUAUGUUGAUUUUUCUAAUUUGGAACAAUUCCGUUUUAAUAUUCAUCUCCUCUUUUCCUGUAGCCAUAGGCAGGAAACAAAUGGUGAAUGUAAUAUUGUUUCAGAAAUAGAAAAAAGGAUUUGGCGUAGUUCAGUUCCUAAAUUUGUCGAUGUUGCACAUGUCGGUAGAUUUUAGCAAAAGUAAUAGAUAUCGUACAAGAAUUCUUUGUUGCAUUUUGAUUUUAAAAAUAGAAAGCUAAUACAAUGUCAUCAUCUCUGAAUCAUAGUAUAAUUUAUCUGGUUGUAUAGUUGGGUUAGAAAAGCUCCGACUGAACAUUGUUAUGUGUGCAUAUGAGAAAAGUACAUAAAUUAAAAAUCAAAGCAACAAAAUAAUUCCCUCCAAAAUAUUUUAGCCUUGGCCAGUAAAUUCAGAGUAACUUACAAAGUUAAGAAUUGCAGUUAAUCUUUACUUUUUUAGUCAACUAGCAAAUAUUUGUUAAAAAUAACAACAUUUUAAAAUUCUAAGUCCGAAAUUUCAUUAAAAGUAACUGAAAAAAAAAUAAUAUCUUCCCCAAAGGAAAGUUGUUAUUAAAAAAAUCACUAAAUAAAAGCGAAAAAUCAAAUAUAGCAGAGUCCCACAAACUCGACACAAUGUGGACUGAGAUGCUGUCUAGUUUCCAAAAAGUCGUGUUUUACGGAAUAAGGGGUGGGUUUUUCAGAACUCUUAAUAUUUAAUUAUAAAUUACAUUAAGACAUUUGUAGCACAGUAUUGGACACGGAAAAGUACAGCAUACAAUAACAUUAAUAUUGAUUUUUUUAUGUGAAGUUCUAGCACAAUAGGAGCCAUAAAAAGAACAAAUACCCUAAGAUAAUUGAGUAAAAAAAACUUACAUACAAAACUGGAGAAAAAUUAUUAUCUUGGUAGAAAAAUAUUGUCUGAUGGUAGAUUAUCUCUCACACUCAUUCUGUUCAUCGUGCAACUUCAACCUAUAGGCGACAGAGGAACAAAAUGUCCAUAUCAGAUGCUCCUUGCACCAUGUAGCAGAGCAUUCCUUCAGUCCUUUACUAUAGGUCAUCAUUUUGGCUUUUCUGUUGUCUUCAGGCUCUUCAUUUUCUAAUUCAUCUUCAUUUUUAUCUACAUUGUCUUUCACGAUUGCAACUAUUUCUGCAUCUCCUAAAAUUCCACAAUUUUCAUCUUGUCCCAUCCAUUCUUCAACAUCACUAUCACUAGCUUCUUCGCAGUGUGGAAUUUUCUUCAGUAAGUCAACUAUUUCAAAAUUUUGUAUCUGAUCUCUGCUUUCGUGAAAUUCGUUUCCUGAAUAGUCCAGCAACCUUCUCCAGAAACGAACGAGGCUUUUCUGUUCAGUUUCCUUCCAAGAAUGAGCUAUUCAUCCAACAUGUCUGUUUCCUUUAGUUUCUUGAAUGAAAAAAGUUUGCGUCUGUAUUGUUUUUCAAUUUUUCAAAAACGCCAUGGUUCAUCAGCUGACACACUGAAGUUAUGUUAGGAGGGAGAAGUAGGCUCUUAUAUCGCCAUCUCAUAACUAUUCUGCAUCAGGAUGGCAUGAGGCAUUGUCUAGAAUGAAUAUUGCCUUCCUUGGUAGAUUUUUUUUUUAUUUAAAAAAUUUUUCCAUCAAUCAAACAAACUGCUGAUAAAACCAGUCUUUAAACAUUGCUCCAUUCAAUGCUUUUUCUUUCCUUUAAACUAUCCGUAUGUGUUCUUUUCUCACACCAAGACUCAAUUUUGGACUUCUUCUUUUUCCACCCUAUUAUAGUAGUUUGUCCAACACAUAAAUCAAUGGUAAUUUUGUUUACACUUCCCCCCUUUGUCUAAUCUCUUUAAGGCAUCUAGUUUCAUUUCCAUUGUCACAUUAGUUUGUUUUCUUUUUGAAUGACAUUUUUCAUCUCACAGAAUAUCAAAAGUUCCCCAAAAUAUGUAACAUUUAGGCAGUUCCAAAAAUAAAUGGCACAGUGCGAAAAUGGCAAAAAUUACAGAAAAAGAACAUUCAAAUCUUUGAAGAGAACAGAAAAGACAUAUGCAUAAAUAAUAAUUAUAUGUACUGUAUGCAAUGUUUGCUCUGUUUAGCUUAGUGAUAUCCUAAAAAAGUUCCUAAAACGUUGUCAAGUUAUAUGGAAUGCCAAGUUUGCUAUACUGUAUUUACUUACAAGAACAGAUUUGAUUUGGUUUCAUCUCUUACUAAAGCUGUUAAAUCCGAUUUAUUUGUUCAUAUGUUAAUCAGUAUUAAGGGAUGAAAAUAGGUACAAAUAUAUCAGUUUUGUUUUAUGCAUAGUUACUUUUCUGAUCAAUUCUAAACAGCUGAAUGUGUACAAUCAUCUGGUGCAAUUUAGUAAAUGUCAUUGACUGAUAGAAGACUUCUGAACAACAGUAUGACAUGAUAGCAUGUUAGACAAAAUUUAAAACAUGAAACAAAUAGAUAUUCUUCAAUUAAUGCUGAUAUUUUUAGUUACAGAUAGAAAUGAUGAAAAAUGAUUAUGAAGUAUAGUUCCAUGGCACUAGCUGUGCAGUUUUGCCCCAGUUUUGAAGGAGAACACCUUAAGGUAGUCCAAGGAUCUCCCACCCCUCUCUUCUCACCGCCAGCCUCUUGAGAAGAUGUACAGCUUGCCAGGUUAUGAAUGCCCCUUUGCCACACAGAUACCAUAUGCCCACAAACAUCCAUUCUCAGGGAUUCAAACCCUUCCCAUCGAUAUGGCAGUCAGUGUCACUAACUACUAUACUAAUUGAGUAGCUGUUUUUAGUUAAAAGGUAUAUCUGCCAUAAUACAAGGUUGUCUUUGAACUCAGUGCAUAAAAUCUGAAGAAAAUAUGAAAGGCUAACAUAGUGGAUUCUAUUUUUAGAAGUCGUAAAGGGUAGUUCUUCAAAUUUAAGUAAUACUUUUGUGGGUUAAUUUAUUAUCUUUUUAAUAGGUUCUGCAUGCUGAGGCUGCACCAUACUUGAUGAGCAUAAAUAUAAGCUAGUUUUCCUUAAAUUGUUGGCCUCUACAAAGCUCUCUUUUACUUGUAGGGCUCAAACCACUGGCCAAAUUGUUAAUAUUGCUGAAUAAAAGGAGUUUAACUGGGAUUUGGUCUAAGAAUUAAUAAGGUACCUAUAUUAUAUGGUUGGUUUUCAUGGUUCUUCCUAUGCGUAGCUUGAAUGCUACUUAGUUUCUGUUAGAAGGUCCUCCACAAAGGCAUUCCUCCCAUUAUGUAGAUAGUCCUCAUGUGCUUUGCCAUAUUCAAAUAGCUUAACUUAAUCCUUUAGGAAGAUUGCUUUCAUAUGCUUUACCAUGGUUAAAUCUUGUUUAAAACAUGCUUAUAAUGUGCAAGGAAGAAAAGGAUGAAUAUUUCUAAUCAUAAUUCUAGUUUUGAGAGCAUUUUACCAAAGCCAGUCACUCUUUUUUGUCUGUUUGAAAUAAUGUGUUUCUGCUUUGCUCAUAUGAUUAAUAACUAAAAUGUCAGGAACAAUUUCAAUUAAACAAGGUCUUUGCCAAGCCUGAUAUGUGUACUGCUUAAAAGGGGACAUAAUUUAAUAAUUGAGAAGUAGACAGUAAGUAAAAAAAAAUUAACAGCCAAAAUUUUUAUGUUACAAAAUAGUUGUUUCAGAAAAAGAAGAGAAAUAUUUUAAGAUUUUUAUCAAUAAAUAAGUGAAUCAGCAGACAUAAUUCAGCUGUUUAUUUUGAUUGAUGUGCUUUAUGUGUAGUUUAUUAGGGCUAUUUGAAUGCGAUUUCUUUGGAGAUCCCCACUCAUUAAAAAUUAUUAUUAUAAAUAUUUUUCAGAAUUAAUUACACCAUUUGAAGAAUAUAUUGCAUUAUCAUGAAAAUUUUGAAGUUGUAUAAUUCAUUAGCAGCUUUUAGGCAGUUUAUGACUAAAUACCAAUAAAAAAUAAUGAUAACAAUUAAAAUCUUAAACAUGAUUACAAAGCAGCUGUUUCAAAUAUAUCUUUCAUGUGAAUUCUUAAAGACAAAAUAGUUAUACCAUUUAAAAAUGAGAUAGCUUUGCAGAAUUAAUCUCAAACAUUUUGUGAAUUGCUGAUUUAGUUUAUUAUUUUAACAAAUAAAGAACUAUUAGUUCCAAGCUUUUGUAAAAUGAAUAUCACUGUGAUUCACUAUUUAAAGUUAAUAUUGGUAUUAAAUUGAAAUCUUUAGAACUGAUAGGAAAGAUCAGAGUUACUAAUGAAAUUAUGAACAUUUUUGAAACAUGAUAAUUUCUAAAAAUGUUAUGCUUUUAUUUGUAUUUGAGUAAAAUGAAUGAAUUAUUAAUGUUUUGGAAGACCAUAAUAACAGAUUCAGUAAUUGUAGUAAUAUUUCCAACAUUAUUCAGUGUAUGCUGUUUCAUCAGUUUGUUUUUUGAUGGAGUGCAUAUUCAAAGAAAUAAAAACUGAACUAAUAAAAUUGAAACACUAAACUAUCACUGUUAAUUCUUUUGAAAAUUGCUUUUAGCCUCUGAAAUCUUGGUAUGAUGUAAAACAGUAGCUAUAAACUAUCCUAGAAGGAUUCUAGGAAUUCAUAAACUAUUAGAAAAAGCAUAAAUGGUUGAUACCUUGUUAUGUUGUGGCUGUGACUUGGCUUUCUAAUGUGUGCCACUUUGUCUAACCAAUCCUUUCAUACACCUGCAUAGAAUCUUUAAUAAUGAAGCUGUUUGUAAAUUUAGCUGAUAAUUUGAAUUAGAGCAACAUUGCACAUUAAGAUGAAAAUCUUGAUGUUUCAAAAACGACUUAAGUGAAGUGUGAUAUUUCUUUGAAUUAUAAUGCACAGGAAUCCCUUUUUUUUUUUUUUUUUUUUAUUUUUAUUUUUUUUUUUCCCCCAACUAUUAAAUUGUAUUGCAAAAGCAACUGGUAACUAGCAAAAAAAAAAAAAAAAAAAAGUAUUUGUGCUAUUAUCAGAGCAAAUUAUUUAUUCUGCUAGAACUUUUUUUUUUUUUUUUUUUUU